GUAUACUGAAAGUGUAAAACAAUUCCCCCCUUCUCUCUCUUUCUAGAUUUUCUCUCUCUAUCCGAAUUCUCCCAUUUGGAAAAAUCACUCUUUUUCUCUCUCUAAAUCCAACGCAUCGCAAUCGAUACAUACAUAUAUAUAUAUAUACCAAUUUCAUUGCGAGCCCUAGGGUUUUUAUAUCUGAAUUUCAGAUUCAAAACUUAGGGUUUUGGAUUUGUUACAGUUCGUUUGAUUUUGUGGAUCUGUAGGAUUUUUGAAUGGAUACGACGUCGUUAGCGAUUAACAGAGAUGCUGCUCCUUCUUCGACGACGUCCUCCGCGCCGGAGGACGAUGGCGCACUCUCCGUCAACUCAGGACUUGCGAAGGAGGCUGCGUUGCUGUUCCAGUCGGGGAAAUUCGCCGAUUGUUGUAGAGUUUUGCAUCAACUGUUGCAGAAAAAGGAACGCGAUCCUAAAGUUCUACAUAACAUUGCCAUUGCUGAGAACUUUCAAGAUGGUUGCUCCAAUCCUAAGAAGCUGAUUGAAGAACUUAAUAAUGCUAAGAAAAGAAGUGAAGAGCUUGCUCGUGCUGCUAGCGACCAGGCAGAGCCUGCUAACAAUGUUGGAACCAAAGCUGUGACAGGAGUUAAUGGAAGUAACAGUGCGCCACGGGAGCUAUCUUCUCAACAGAGUUCCACUCUUGUUUACGCUGAUGAGUUUGACCCCUCAGUGACUAUGUACAAUCUAGCAGUUUGCUGGUUUCAUUUGCAUGAACAUGCAAAAGCAUUUUCAAUUUUGGAAGGAUUGUUUCAGAACAUUGAACCAAUCGACGAGGAAAUAGCCAAGCGCAUUUGCCUCUUGUUGUUGGAUGUUGCAUUACUUACUCAAAAUGCAGCAAGAUCGGCGGAUGUGAUCAGUUAUGUGGAGAAGGUCUUUUGUAGCAGUAGUUUAUUAAGUCAAGUUGACAACGGAAACUCUGCACAGCCAACAGCUUCAUCCGUCGUGGUGAAAUCGGCUUCAUUUCCUAGCAAUUCAACUAUUCCUGAUUCAUCCAAUCCAGAUUCACCUGCUGCAGGAAUUACCUCUGAAGGUUCUUUGUCUAGGACGUUAUCAGAAGAGGGACUUGAAGAUGAUGCUCUUCAUUUAAUAUCAUCCAUGGAGAUUGGUGGGCAGAAUUUACCACGACAGUCUGGCUUGAAAUCGAAAAAUGAUCCAAUAAGGAGUCAAACUGAUGAAUCUAUCUCAACUGCUGAUAUGAGGAUUAAACAGCACCUUUGCAAGGUCCGGUUUCUUCUCCUCACCAGGAAUCUCAAGGCAGCUAAGCGUGAAGUUAAGAUGGCUAUGAACACAGCACGGGCGAAGGAUCAUUCUAUGGCUCUCUAUCUCAAGUCCCAGCUUGAAUAUGCUCGUGGGAAUCAUCGAAAAGCGAUCAAGCUCUUGAUGGCAUCAAGUAAUCGGACAGAAAUGGGAAUUUCUAGCAUAUACUACAACAAUCUGGGGUGCAUAUACUAUCGACUUGGCAAGCAUCAUACCUCUUCUGUACUUUUUGCCAAGGCUCUGAGUAAUAGUUCCUCUCUCCGGAAAGAGCAGCCUCUAAAGCUCUCAACCAUCUCACAGGAUAAGUCUCUUCUCAUAACAUAUAACUGUGGUGUGCAGUACCUGGCUUGUGGGAAACCAUUACAAGCUGCAAGCUGUUUCUAUAAGGCCACUCAAGUUUUCUAUAAUAGGCCUCUUUUAUGGCUACGGAUUGCAGAGUGUUGUCUGAUGGCCCUUGAAAAGGGACUGCUCAAGGCCAGUGGUGCUGCUGCUUCUGACAGGUCUGAAGUUAAAGUUCAUGUCGUUGGAAAAGGAAAAUGGAGGCAACUUGUUAUGGAAGAUGGGAUAUUAAGAAAUGGACAGGAAUGUCUUUCAGGUACAGAAGAUUUGGUGGUUAAUGAUAGACAUCCUAAGCUGUCAGUAUUACUGGCUCGUCAGUCUCUUCUGAAUGCACUGCAUCUAUUGAACGGUUCUGAAUCAAAAGGUCACAAGUCCAUGCAGCCUCGUGCUUCUUGUCUGGAAGAAAGUGAAACAGGAGAAGCAGUACCAUCCAAGAGUGCAAACAGUAAGAAUGGGUCAAUUGGUGACCCUAAGGCACUGAAUGUGGCAGCAUCAGGUCAGAUUAAUGCAAACGGGGAGGUGAAGGAGCAAAAGGGUGUGAGCAGUCAACAUGCCUCAUUAUUGAGUUGUAUCUGUGAGUAUGAAGCCACUGGUAGAAAAGAGAGUCUGAUGAUUGAGCAAGCUGUAUUGGCUGAUUUGGCUUUUGUAGAGCUGGAAUUGGGAAAUCCAUUGAGGGCCCUUACAUAUGCAAAAUCUCUCUUGAAAGUCCAAGAAUGUUCUAAAAUAUACAUCUUUCUUGGCAAUGUGUAUGCAGCUGAGGCUCUGUGCUUGCUAAACCGGCCAAAAGAAGCCGUGGAACAUUUGUCAACAUAUAUUGCCGGUGGCAAGGGUGUUGAUCUGCCGUUUAGUCAAGAGGAUUCUGAAAUGUGGAGACAGGAGAAAACAUUGGAUUCUGAAGAUACUAAUGGUGGAUCAGCUACUUUGAAUUCCUUUCCAUCAGAGGAAUCUCAAGCAUUUGUGUUCCUCAAGCCAGAAGAGGCACGUGGAAUGCUCUUUGCAAACUUAGCUGCCAUGUCUGUGAUGCAAGGAGACAUUGAACAGGCCCAAAAUUAUGCAGUACAAGCACUUUCCACAAAACCUCAACGUCCUGAAGCUAUUCUUACUGCAGUAUACGUGGAUCUUUUGCGAGGCAGAGCACAAGAAGCUCUCAUCAAGUUGAAACACUGCAGUCGUAUUAGGUUCCUACCAGGCAGUCCGACUUUAAAUGGUUCAUCUUGAUGAUUUGUAUCGGUGGUUUUUACUGUUCUUGUCCAGCCCGCCUUUCACUAAUGAGUUAGCAGGUAGUUCAGGAAUCCCUUCAUAGAGGAUUUGUACCAUAUAUAUAGCUCAAUUCAGGAAUAAGUUUUUGUUUAUUAAAAUUUUCUGUUUUCCCUUUGAGUUACAGUCUUUAGGUUUUAGGAAGUCGUGGUGUGGCUGAGAUUGUUUUGGUUAUUGCAGAUACCACCUAUAAGAUUAGAGAUGUAUUUUUCUUAUAGAGAGCCACAAUCUAGUUCCCAUUCGAAAUAUCUAGAGGUUUUAUGAGCUCUCAACUCUCAAGAAGAUGAACCUUGAACCUUUCAUUUCUUUCAGAAAUUUAUUUUAAUACUCAACCAGUCUUGUUAUGGCUUCA